UGGUCGAGGAGCUACGAUUGCCGCCGCCAUCGUCGUUGUGCUGCCAUUCGAGUUCGCUCUCAAUCCCCGAAGCUUCUACCCCUUUUUACUCGCAUCCUCUAUAAACAACAUGGGCGCUCCACCUCCGGCUGGCGAAGAGAAGGUCGUCGUUCUGCGUACGGUGGGCGGCGAGGUUGCCCCCGCUUCGGCUCUGGCCCCCAAGGUCGGUCCCCUCGGUCUGUCCCCCAAGAAGAUCGGUGAGGACAUUUGCAAGGCCACCAAGGACUGGAAGGGACUGAACGUGACGGUGAAGCUCACCAUCGUCAACCGUCAGGCCACGGUCACGCUGAUCCCCAGCGCUUCGUCGCUGCUGGUCAAGGAGCUCAAGGAGCCCCCUCGUGACCGCAAGAAGGUUAAGAACAUCAAGCACGACGGCAACCUGUCGCUUGACCAGGUCAUCUCGGUGGCCCGCAUCAUGCGUGAGCGCUCGAUGGCCCGCACCCUGGCCGGCACGGUCAAGGAGAUCCUGGGCACGGCCGCUUCGCUUGGCUGCACGGUCAACGGCGAGGCCCCCACGGAGAUCCAGCGUCUCAUCACCGAGGGCGAGCUGGACAUCCCGGACAACUAAGAGUUUUCUAACGACUGGAUGGCAUCAGGAUAAUGCAGAUAAAGUCUCAGCGAUCUACUGGAUAACGAUCGACUGGCGAGGAGGCGGUUUGAGCUGCUGACUCGAUUGGUUGGUGCCAAUACGACUCUGGGGGCAAUUUUGCAGAGCGAAGACUUCGAGUGAUUAUUGCGUUCGGUGCGUGCUGGUGUUGUAUUACAGGUAGCGAGGGAAAAACUGCGUUGGAUCGGCGACAGGUUCGUCAGUUGUAUGCUUUGUGUUUGCUUGUUCUUGUGUUUAUUAUGGGGGAUAUGUGCCGCCGAUGAUCGCCAAUUCAAAUACUUUGAUAUACUCUGAUCCGGAAUGAGGACAAAGUACAGCAAGUUGAGGCACAUAUAUCCCCACAAUAAAGACUGUAGUACUGCUACAAUUACAAGUAGUACUACUGUAGUAGAACAUGUAGAACAUGUCGAAGCGUUGUAGUUUUUUCACGUUCAAGAAUGCAAUAAAUUUUAGCUGUCGUAGUACUAGCAAAGUUUGAGCAACGACUAAACGCAUUUAUUCUUUCUUGGUGUCGUCAUUGACAUUUUGGUUAACACCCUCGGUGUGAGUUUAUCCGAAGAUGAUGGAGCUUUGACCAGCACCGUGUUGUUUCUUCCGUGCCAUUUGCGGGUGGAAGCUCUCGUUCGAGCGCUUGUUGGCGUCGCUCUCGGCUUGAACGUUGCCUGUAAUGCUGACCGAUUGAAUAUCAUUGAUACCCUGUGCCUGGAGAUUAGCGCGAAUGGCCUCCACGUUUCCAGGAGCGAUACCAAUGUCGUCCUUCACUUCCUCAAUCGUGUGUCUUCCGUCCGCAUGCUUCACAAGUACACGGCGACACGUGGUAUUGGCAGACCAACCUUCGCCGCCGCUGAUGUGCCAGGCAUUACGGAUCACCAAUUCGAAGUAGUCGUCGUCAUCAAUAGACGCGCUCACAUUGGCGUAAUAGCGCACGAACUCGCUCGGAUGGACCUUCCCGUCCUUCUCUCCACCGUCGAAUGUGUCCAGGAACUCCAGCAGCACUUUGUCCUCCGUCUUACGACCUUGCAGCACAUCUGGGUGCUGCUUAGCGCUGUACUUCAUCUUAAUGUCGUCCAGGUCCACGACGCCGCUUCCGUCUGCAUCUAAGAUCUUGAAAGCUGCAAGAACGAGCUGUGUACGACGCUCGUUGAGUUCACCACGCACAGCCAAUAGGAACUCAUCAAAGUCCACGCCUCCAGAGUUGUUAGUAUCGAUGAAGCGGAACAGCUCCUC